GGGAGCGCGGCGGCGCCGGCCCGGGCUCGGGGGGCGUCGGGGCCGCGGCGGGGCGUCCGGGCGGGCCUAGCGCGGGCGAUGGGCGCGCAGGGGCUGCGGGACGGGCCGGCAUGGCGGCCUGCGUCGGGGACGCGGUGGAGGACUUCCGGGUGGGCCAGCUGCUGGGCAAGGGCUCCUUCGCCGGCGUCUACAGGGCCGUGUCGCUGCACACCGGCCUGGAGGUGGCCAUCAAGAUGAUAGACAAGAAAGCCAUGUACAAGGCCGGCAUGGUGCAGCGAGUGCAGAACGAGGUGAAGAUCCAUUGCCAGCUGAAGCACCCGGCCAUCCUGGAGCUCUACAACUACUUCGAAGACAGCAAUUACGUGUACUUGGUCCUGGAAAUGUGCCACAACGGGGAGAUGAACAGGUACCUGAAGAACAGAGGGAAGCCGUUUUCAGAAAACGAAGCUCGGCUCUUCAUGCGCCAGAUCAUCGCCGGCCUGCUCUACCUCCACUCCCACGGCAUCCUGCACCGGGACCUCACGCUCUCCAACCUCCUGCUCACGCGCAACAUGAACGUCAAGAUCGCCGACUUCGGGCUGGCCACGCAGCUGCGGCUGCCGCACGAGAAGCACUACACACUCUGCGGCACCCCCAACUACAUCUCGCCCGAGAUCGCCACCCGCAGCGCCCACGGCCUCGAGUCCGACGUCUGGUCCCUGGGCUGCAUGUUCUACACGCUGCUCGUCGGGCGGCCGCCCUUCGACACGGACACCGUCAGGAACACGCUGAACAAGGUCGUGCUGGCCGACUACGAGGUGCCGGCGUUCCUGUCGCGAGAGGCCAGGGACCUCGUCCGGCAGCUGCUGCGGCGCAACCCCGCGGACCGCCCGAGUCUGUCUUCGGUCCUGGACCAUCCCUUCAUGUCCCGGCACGCUCCCCCGCAGGGCAGGGACGUGGCCACCGUGGAGGACUCCAUCGACAGUGGCCACGCCACCCUCUCCACUGCGGUCACGGCCUCCAGCGCCAGCAUGAGCGGGAGUUUUUCUGGCAGGAAGAGACUGACGGUGGGUCAGCCGCUCCCGAGCAAGAUGACUGUCUUUCCCCAGAAAAACUCGAGUGGCGUCUCUUGCUCCGGAGAUGGGAGCGGUUUCUUUGCUCCGUGGGGACACGAAGCCCCCGAGAGCAGCAGCGGCCGGCGGGGGAGAGGCACGCAGGACGCCGAGGAGAGGCCGCGGUCCCGGUACCUCCGGAGGGCCCAUUCCUCGGAGCGCUCGGGCCCCGCUGACGGCCGACCUCGGGCCAGGACCCACCCCAUGGAGCGGUGCCACUCGGCCGAAAUGCUCGCAUGGUCCAGGGGGUGCGGAGGAGACGCCGGGGCGGAAGGGCACUUGCCCGCAGACAGCCUUGCCAGCGUGUUCCCCUCCAGAGAACAGACGGCCAACGGUUCCGGGUGUUUUGAGGAGCCUGGAGACGGCCGUGCUCUUCAUCUUUGUCCAGGGAAAACUCCAUUUUCGUUUCCACACCAGACAUCUCAGACCGAAAUGGUGCCCCGGUGGUUUGGGAAUCUGCAAAUAAAUGACCCCGACGCCUGGGAGAAGGCCGAGGCUCCCGCCGACUUGCGCCCCGCCCAGCCGCCACACUCCGAGAAGUGCCCGCCGGUGUUUCCCGGCCCGCCCGAGGCGCAGCUCAGGGAAUCCCCGCCGGGCGCCCAGAGAAGCUCGCUGCGGAGCGUGACGUGCCCGCUGACGGCCCGCAGGCUGAAGCCCAUCCGGCAGAAGACCAAGAAGGCUGUGGUGAGCAUCCUGGACUCGGAGGAGGUGUGUGUGGAGCUGCUGAAGGAGGCGGCGGGGCAGGAGCACGUGAGGGAGGUGCUGCAGAUCUCCAGCGACGGCGCCCGGAUCACGAUCUAUUACCCGAACGACGGGAGAGGCCUCCCCCUGACCGACAGACCACCCUCGCCUCCUGCCAGCACCAGCAGUUUCCACUUUGACAGCUUACCAGAAAAAUACUGGCGGAAAUACCAAUACGCGUCCAGAUUUGUACAGCUUGUCCGAUCUAAAUCUCCCAAAAUCACUUACUUCACAAGAUACGCCAAAUGCAUUUUGAUGGAGAAUUCUCCCGGUGCCGACUUUGAGGCUUGGUUUUAUGACGGCGCCAAGAUCCACAAAAAGGAAGCCGUGGUCCAGGUGACGGAAAGGACGGGCAGCACGCACAGCCUGCCGAGCGGGUACACGGCCCACGGGCUGCCCGAGGGCCUGCGGGGCUACCUGGAGCACGCCGACGAGAGCCACCGGCUGUGUCUGGCCCUGGAAACCGCCAUCUCGGAGGAGGAGAGGAGCAGUGCCGGGGCCUCCUUCUUCCCCAUCAUCGUGGGCAGGAGACCCGGCAGUGCCAGCUCACCGCAAGCCGCGUCCCCGCCGCUGCCCCCCGUGCAGCCGGCCGGCCCUGGGCGAGGCAGCGGAGCCCCCUCGGGGACACAAGCCGCAGCGCCCGGCCCUCCCGCGCUCCGGGACGAAGCCCUCAGCCUUGGGACAAACGCCUCUUCUCCUGCACCGGCGCAGCUGCUGAAAUCUGUCUUUGUGAAAAAUGUCGGCUGGGCUACACAGCUGGCAAGUGGCGCCGUGUGGGUGCAGUUCAACGACGGCUCCCAGCUCCUGGUGCAGGCGGGCGUCUCCUCCGUCAGCUACACCUCCCCCAGCGGCCAGACCACCAGGUAUGGGGAAAAUGAAAAGCUGCCGGAAUGCAUCAGGCAGAAGUUACAGUGUCUGUCCUCCAUCCUCCUGAUGUUUUCUAACCCCGCACCUGGUGCGCUCUGACGAAAGGUGUCUUGGUAUCUAACGCGAAUAAAUGGCCUCGCUGGCUUCCAAGUCAAGUGCCCUUCAUUCCUGGCCACCGCCGGCGGGCCUUGCACAGGC